UAGGUUUUCGCGGCUUUAUUUCUCCCGUUAGGUUCUGUUGGAUUUGGGGUAGCGGAGGAAGGCUCUGGAUCCUACGGCCCGUGGUGUGGUUGGCCCAAGUCCCCUCCGUCUUUUUGUUUGUUUUACCUGUCCUCCAGUGGAAUGAUUUAGUAUUGUGGCAAUAAAUGUAUGAUCACAGUUUAGUGCCUACGUGUUGUGUACUUUUGUUUUAUGUUGCGGACUGCCUCACGAGCCACUGCUCGUCCAAAGGCUGUCUCGGGCAGGUGCCGGUGUGGUGAGUAGUAUUACUUUGUAAAAGGCCCUUGACAGCAUUUUGUUUGUUUGUUUGGCUGUAUAGCGUAGAGUUGCAGUGAUGGAUUUCGACUUGGAGGGGUUUGUUGGUGAUCCGACUCGGGGGAAGUUGGAUGCAUGUAGCAAACAGCAGCUUGGUCUGAUCGCAGGCAAAUUUGACAUUGUAGUCAAUAAGCAGAACAAGAAACAAGUCAUUAAGGGACAGCUGUUGGCUGCGCUUAUAGAUCAGGAGGUAUUGUCAGAGGAGGAAGUAGACGUUCCCAUAGACGACGAGACAGAGGUCUCUCAGAAAGUGAGCGACCUUCAACUUCAGCUAGAGCUGCGCAAGCUGAUGGUUAGAGAGAAGGAGAGUGAUAACAGACUGAGAGAGAAGGAGAUCACCUGUAAUCUCGAAUUGAGGAAAUAUGAGGCAGAGUUACGUUUGAGGGAGCUGGAGCUGACGUCUUACCAGACUCAGCAGUUGGGGUCUGCGCAACCUCAUGAGUUUGACGUAGGCAAGUAUACUCGGUUUAUCCCAGUGUUUAACGAAAAAGACGUUGAUAACUAUUUUGUCCUGUUUGAGCGUGUAGCAACAACGUUUAAAUGGCCUGGGAACAUGUGGACAUUUAUGCUGCAGUGUGUUCUCGCGGGUAAAGCGCAGGAGGUGUAUACUGCGUUAUCUGAGGAGGUUAGCCGGGAUUAUGAACAGGUGAAAUCUGCAAUUCUGCGCGCUUAUGAGCUGGUGCCUGAGGCAUACCGUCAAAAGUUUCGUGGUUUGAAAAGACAAGAUUGUCAAGCGUAUGUGGAAUUCGCCCGUGAGAAAGAGGUUCUGUUUGAGCGAUGGUGCUCAUCGACGGGGACAAAAUCUCCAGAGGACCUAAAAACAUUAGUGCUCAUGGAAGAAUUCAAAAACUGUUUGCCUUACACAGUAGCCACAUACCUCAAUGAGCAAAAACCGGUGAAACUGUUUGAUGCUGCGGUUUUGGCUGAUGAAUAUGUGCUUACUCACAAGACUGUCUACAGUGAGAGGACUAGGGCACAGGCCGGGUUUGUGGACAAUAAUAUCAGAGAAACCCCAGUCUUCACUAAAGUGCCUUGGCAGUCCAGCAGGCCAAGAGUUGCUGAGGAAAAACCGGGAGAGGUGAAUUGGGGAUCUACGGAUAGGCCAGUGUGUCAUUACUGCAAGAAAAGAGGUCAUAUUGUUGCGAAUUGUUAUGCUUUGCGGGAUGAGGAGAAGCCUGUAAAGACGGUCGCUUUGGUGAGUACUUCAAAGCCAGGGUCUCUCAAAUCUGAACUGGAAGUUUUUGCUCCGUUUCUCAUGGAGGGAAUGGUGUCUUUACCGGGGAAGAACAACAGGGUUCCAGUGACCAUUUUGAGGGAUACAGCAGCUUCGCAAUCCUUUAUGAUAAGGGGUGUGUUGCCCCUCUCUGAGGAGUCUGCUGUGGGUUCAGGUGUUCUUGUGAGGGGGUUUGGUAUGCAGUGUGUGGGUUCGCCAUUGCAUAAUAUUCAUCUUGAGUCAGAUCUGGUCACAGGUCCGGUAACUGUCGGGGUUCGGCCAUGUCUUCCCAUUGAAGGGGUAGAUUUGGUCUUGGGGAAUGAUUUAGCCGGUGGCAGAGUGCUCGUUAAGCCGGGAGUGUAUGCGGUGGCAGUCACCCGCGACAGUUUUACGGCUACGGAAUUGGACAGACCGGUCAGGGAUCCUCCAUCAUGGCGUGAGGGUGGGAAAUCAGGUACGAUAAGCCCUGAGGCUGUUCAUAACCCUGUCGCUGCCUGUGUGGAGGCGUUGUCCAGUGCUAAAAGUGACACCCCGGUCACCCCUGUCACCUCGGAGGCCCCGAUCGCUGCGGAGACUCUGGCCAAUAUGGAGUCUCAUUUGGCACACUUGCCUGAUGCGCAGCGUGCAGACGUAUGGGAGCUGAUCGUGAGGUGGAGCGCCCUGUGUCGUACCGCUCCGGAAAAUUCAAUCCCCACCAGCGGGUGUGUUCCACCAUUGGUUCCACAGUCGAAAAGGAGGCACUGGCUAUGGUUCUGGCUUUGAACCAUUUUGAGGUAUACGUGGGGUCAUCAAACAUUCCUGUCACUAUUUUCACCGAU